AUGAACCGACUAGGACAAAUCCGUCUUCCUCCACUCUCCGCUGCCGUAAACGUAGCUAAUCAGCUUCGAAGACAAAUUUUGCCGUCUAACAGAUUACCCGACGAGCCUUCCGAAUCGGAAAGAGAAAGGGUCCAUUUUGCCCAAGUUCCUAAUCAAAAUCAAGUCAAUCAUGGAGGUGUUGACGAACAUCAUGAGAUGAGUAAUAUGAAUAUGAAAGGAACUAAUCCGUUCCUCAGUAAUGAUAUUAAUAACUGUCAACAAGAAGAUAGCAAUUUUAGUAAUGCAUAUCAAAGGCAACAAAGUAGAAUGUCAUCUGUUGAUUUUUCUGAAGGGUCCGAUUUUGUGGAAGGAAGAACAGUGUCUAAAAUCAAUGAGUAUCAGGCAGCAUGGAAUGUUACUAAUGCAAUACAGGGUAUGUUCAUCGUAUCUCUGCCUUUCGCCGUUCUUAAAGGUGGAUACUGGGCCAUCGCAGCAAUGAUUGGUGUAGCAUACAUUUGUUGCUAUACCGGCAAAAUACUUGUUGAAUGUCUUUAUGAAUUUGACGUACAAACAGGCAAGCAAAUCAGAGUUAGAGAUUCGUACGUGGCUAUCGCAAAAGAGUGUUUUGGCAAAAAAUAUGGUAGUAAAAUUGUCAGUAUAGCCCAGAUUAUCGAACUUCUUAUGACGUGCAUUCUGUUUCCUUAA